CUUUUCUAUUAGUCAUAAUUAUAUGAUAAAUAUAUGGAUUAAUUGUUAAUUUAUUAUAAGUUCUAAGAGUAUUACUGAAUAUUAAUUACACUCGACCUUCAUAUAAGACUGGAAGAACUGAACUGAUAAAUGUGUAAUGAGUAUGUUCAUGUGUUGUAGAAGGGGAAUUAUAUACUUAACAAACCAAUAGAAAACAACAUGAAUGCUGUUUUUUUUUUUUGUUUUUUAUUUUCAUAUUUUAGUAACAAGAGUCUACAGUCUAAUAUAAAGUACUGAUAUAAAAGACAUAACCCAUGUCUGAAAGUAACAAUCAACGAUAACAAUAUAAAAAUAUAUCAUUUUAAUAAUACUCCUAGACUGAUAAGAAUUAUGUUAGCUGAAACCUGUAUAUUUUAAUAAGAUUUAACAUUUAAACGGCGUUAAUCGUGAUAAGGUACAACGAUAAGCAAUUGAAAUGAAAAGUCCAAUCACCCUAGCAGUAUCCAGUAACUCACCAAGAUUCAACUGUCACUUGGAUUGAAGAAAAAAAAAUUAUCUUCCAUCUGCUCGGGAUCAGUUCAAUGCCACUUGGUAGAAGAAGCCAUAAACCUGCAAUAAAAUGAUAAUUGACGAAAUUGGAGUCAAGGACAAUUCAUUCACUCCAACAAAUAGGUCUACAGUUGAUAUUCACUCUUUUGGAUACAAGAAAGAAUCUGAGAUGUUUAGAAAUGAAUAUAGAAAAAGCCGAAAAUUAUCUCGGUACAAUAAUGCACUCAAGAAUCUUAUUCCAUUUCGUCUGGGCAAAACUUCUGAUGAAGAAAUGCCAAUUGACAAAGCCGGAUUUUUUUCAACCAUAUCCUUUUCAUGGAUAACUAAAUAUUUGUGGGUGUCACAUCGUAAAGGAAUUACUCUAGAUGAUUUACCAAAGCCUUCGCCAUAUGAUACAGCUGAUCACAAUGCAAAGAGAUUAGAAGCUUUGUGGAAUGAUGAAGUUAUGAGAAAUGGUUUAACAGGAGCUUCAUUUUCUCGAGCUGCUUGGAAAUUUAUUCGUACUAGAAUAUUUAUGGCGUCGCUCAUGUUUGGUUUUUCUGCUAUCCUAGGUUUUCUUGGGCCUGCGAUAGUCAUGAGAAAGUUAUUAGAAUAUGUAGGCUCUCCAGAUGGCUCAAUAUACACUGGAAUAAUAUGGAUAAUUUUACUGAUGAUCUCAGAUUUAUUAAGAGUUACAUUUUUUAGUUGGGGCUGGAGUGUUUGUUAUAGAACUGGUUUGAGAAUGAAAUCAGCAUUUACUAGUGUAAUGUACAGAAAGCUUAUCAAAACGAGUAAUCUAAGUAAUCAAGAUUCCGGCAAAUUAAUUAAUAUGAUGUCUAAUGAUAGUCAAGCCGUAUAUGAUCUCUGCAUCUAUACACCAAUGAUAAUUGCUGGGCCUAUUAUAACAAUUUUAAUUAUUAUUUAUAUCCUACUUGUUUUGAGUCCUCUUGCUUUAUCAGGAUUUUUAUUUUUUUUCUGCUUUUAUCCCUUGCAGUAUUUUAUUUCUCAUCUUAAUGGCUACUUUAGAAAAAGAAGUAUUACAAUAUCUGAUCAAAGAGUUUCUGCAGUUACUGAAAUUUUCAAUUGUAUUAAAUUAAUUAAAAUGUACGCAUGGGAGGAUCCCUUUAGCUUGAAUCUCCUAGAACUACGUAAUAAAGAAAAAACUUGGCUUGCAAAUAUGUGCAUAACUCGAAGUUAUGGUUCGUCUUUGACAGUUACCAUUCCAAUGAUUGCUGCAAUAAUUAGUUUCUUGGUUCAUGUUGCUGGAGGGUAUAGUUUAACUGCUGCACAGGCUUUUCCAAUUUUAUUUAUUUACAUAAAUCACAUGAAGAUUUGUCUUUCAGUAAUCCGAGAUGGAUCAAAACAAAUUGUCGAGUCUAAUAUUGCUUUUGAAAGGAUAAAGGUAUUCCCAUUUGUACUAUUAUUAAAUUCGCAGACCCGCCAUAUGAUAUCAUUUUUCGAAGUGGCUAUAACAACGAUUGUUAAUACAAAAGUAUCUUUUGCUAGAAUAAAGAGUAUAAUGUGUAUGGAAGAAAACAAUAGCUUUAUUCAAAAACCAAUUGUUAAAAGUCAAGCGUUAUCUAUUAUGAAUGGAACGUUUGUUUGCGAUGUUGAUUCAUGUAAUCUAAAGUCUGCACAGAAGAAAAAAAAAAGAAAACUUAAUAAAGAUGAUUUGGAGAAAAAUGAAAUAGAGUCAUUGAUGCCGAAACGUAUUGAAAUUUUAAGUGACAUUAAUUUCGAAGUCGCUAAAUCAAAAUUAAUUGGUAUUUGUGGGCACGUCGGAAGUGGGAAAAGUAGUCUUCUGAGAGCUGCUUUGGGACAAAUACGAAUUACCAAUGGAAAAAUAUCGCGAGAUGGUAGCUGUGCGUACGUUAGUCAGCAAGCAUGGAUUCAAAAUGCCUCAUUAAAAGAUAAUAUUUUAUUUGGGCAUAAGUUUGAUUCUCAUCGCUAUUAUACAGCAAUAGAUGUAUGUUGUUUGCAAGAAGAUAUUGAUUUAUUGCCUGCUGCCGAUGAAACCGAAAUUGGCGAAAGAGGUGUUAAUUUGUCGGGUGGACAAAAACAGAGAGUUGCUCUUGCACGUGCUUAUUAUGCUAAUCAAGAUAUUUAUUUUCUCGAUGAUCCCUUGAGUGCAGUAGAUAUCAAUGUUGGGUGGUAUAUUUUUGAAAAUUUGAUCCAAAAAGCUUUAAAAGACAAAAGUAUCAUCUUCGUUACUCAUAAAAUUCCAUAUCUUAGUCGAUGUGAUCAAAUUUAUAUGAUGAGCAACGGAAGAAUUGUAGAACAAGGUGACCAUGUAUCAUUGCUGCAAGCUGGUAAAGAAUAUGCUUCAAUGGUUAAAAGUGAUAAAUCAAUGAUGACAAACUCAAUAUUUAGUAAUAGGGAUAAUUAUGACAGAUUAUCAAAAAUGUAUGAAAGUUCUAACGAUUUAGCUUUUAAAGAAGAUAGAACUAAUGACGAAAAUGAUGAAAAAAUAAAGAACGACGAAGAAACUAUCGACGGUAUGAUUAUUGAGCCAGAGUAUAUGGAGAAAGGAUCAAUAAAAGGACACACAUAUCUUCUUUACAUUGGUGCUAUGGGUGGUUUUUUCGUCGCUUCUAUUGUGCUAGUCAAUGUUCUUAUAAAUACGGGUUGUCUUUUAUUCAGCAGUUGGUGGCUAGCCACUUGGAUAAAAGCUGGUAGUGGAGGCCGGACAAUCAAUGUCGGAAAUGAAACUGUUGUAUCGAAUAAUAUUAUUGACAAUCCUGAUAUAGGGUAUUACCAGAUUGUUUACGCAUCUUGUAUCCUAUUUAUUUUAGGAUCGAGUCUUCUUCGCGGAUAUGUCUUGACUCGCGUCGCUCUAAUAGCAUCUACCACAUUACACAAUCAAUUAUUCAAAAAAAUAAUGAGUACAACAAUACAAUUUUUUGAAUCGACGCCAAAAGGACGACUGCAAAAUUUAUUUAGUCGGGAUAUUAGUGAAUUGGAUGGCCAAUUGCCAGUAAAUAUAGAAAAUUCUUUGAAUAGUAUUUGCCAUGGUGUAUUAAAUGUACUGAUGGUUUGUGUCAUACUUCCUUAUUUGACCAUACCAUUUAUAUUACUGAGUAUUUUGUUUUAUUUCGUCGCCAGAUUAUUUAGAAAAACUUUAAGAGAUUUACAACGGCAUGAAAGUGCGUCAAAGUCACCGAUUUUUAGUUUUGCCACAGCCACUCUUCAAGGGCUUGAUACUAUCCAUGCGUUUAAAAAAGAAACGCAAUUUAUUGAAAAAUUUUAUGAAUACAUCGAUAUCAAUGGUACGUGUGAAUUCUUGUCAUCUGUAUUACUCCGAUGGGCCGCAAUUAGAUUCGACUUUUUAACUAUAAUUGCGUAUGUGUGUACUGGAUUUACGGUAGUUUUAUUAAGAGGUAGCAUACCACCUGCAAUGGCAGGUCUUGCGCUAUCUUUCUGUGGCCAAAUGACUGGUUUUUUGCAAUAUACUAUAAGAUUAUUAUCGCUAACUGAAUUGAAAUUUAUCAGCGUUGAGAGAAUGGGUUUUUAUUUAAAAACUUUAAAAAGUGAAGAUGAAUUUACAAAGGAGCCUACGUCAAAAAAAUCCUAUGAUAACUGGCCACAAAAAGGUGCUAUUGAAUUUAAAAAUGUUGAGUUAAGGUAUAGAAAAAAUACUCCAAUCAUUUUAAAUGGUUUAACGUUUAAUGUAGUAGCUGGUGAAAAAUUGGGAAUAGUAGGUCGAACGGGCGCGGGAAAAAGUUCUUUAAUCACUGCGUUAUUCAGAUUAGUAGAAUUAUCAAAUGGUUCUAUAAAAGUUGAUGGAAGAGAUAUAACAACAAUAAGUUUAAAUCAACUGAGAAGUAAGCUAUCAAUAAUUCCCCAAGAUCCUAUUUUAUUUAAUGGAUCAGUAAGAUACAACUUGGAUCCGUGGAAAGUAAAAACUGAUGAAGAAAUUUGGUCUGCUCUUGAAAUAACAAAACUAAAAAAUAAAGUUUUAACAAUGCCUGGGCAAUUAAAUGCAUUUGUUGAUUCUGGUGGGUCUAAUAUGAGCAUGGGUGAACGACAAUUGCUCUGUUUAGCGCGUGUUCUUUUACGAAAAAAUAAAAUAAUUAUUUUAGAUGAAGCUACGGCAUCAGUAGACCCUCUAACCGAGUCUAUUGUCCAAACGACUAUACAAGAUCAGUUUUCUGACUGCACAAUGAUGAUAAUUGCCCAUAGAUUACAAAAUGUUUUAUCUUGUGAUAGAAUUCUUGUUAUAAACAGUGGUAAGAUUGUAGAGUUUGACACGCCUGGUAAUUUACUUGAUAAUCCGGAGUCUCAAUUUUCAAAAAUGAUGAAUGCUGCGGACAAAAAAAACAAUAACUAUUAAUUUUUAUAUAAAUGCGAUUCAAUCAUACAAUAAUCAAAAUGUAUUUUUAAUCAAAUAACAGUGUAUUAUAAAUAAAUAAUUGCAUAUAUGUUUUGUAUAUAAA